AUGAUGCAGACCGCGGUCUACUCGCGAAUCGGUGACCUGGAGAUCAAGGUCGACUUUCAGGCCCCACCUUCAGUGAAGGAAGGUGUCCUGCCCAGCAUCGUGUUCAUCCAUGGCGGAGGAAUGAUAGCGGGCUGCUGCCAGGCGGCGACAUCAGCGCACCGGAAGGGCAUGGUGUUUCUCUCUGCGGAUCACCGUCUCAUCCAUCCAUCCACUGGCCUCGACAUCAUCGAAGAUAUGCGUACUCUCUUCGCCUUCCUCAGCCACCCGUCUUUCUCGACAAAACACCUGCCAGAUGGCAUAUCCCUCGACCCGGCCCGACUUGCUGUCGUGGAGGCCUCUGGCGGAGGGUACGCCGCGAUGGCUGCAGCAAUCUCAGACGCCCAGCCCAAACCAAAGGCCGUGUUCCUGCUCUACGCCAUGGGCGGCGACUUCCUCGAGCUCUGCGACCAUUGGAUCGCUGAAAAGGGUCCUACAGCCCACAUGGGGCUGCGCCACCUCGUCGACGACGGGGCGGUCGCGCACCUCAUCGAUCGGCCAUUAAUAUUGGACCCAAUCGCGGAAUGCCCGCUAAAGCAGCGCCCCGACGGGACGUUCGGUGGCGGCCAUGUCGGCACCCUCCGGUGGCUGAUCAGAUUCAGAUCGUACCAAACGGCGGAACCGGUACUGAACCAGCUUGGAACUGAUUUGGGUUGGAUUUGGGCGCAUCCAUCUUGA